AACCCACGACCCUUUUGAUGCUCAGCCGCCACUCUAACCUCUGAGUCACACUGACCAGGGCGUAAAUUUAUUUUUUAUAGUGGUGUGGGUUAGCAGUUCUGAAACUGCUUUAUGUAUAUGAUGAGCUGGAACAUCUUGUGGUAUAAGGAAGUAAGAGAGUAUAAGUGAAGGGAGCAUGUCAGGACACAGGCCAAGUUGAAGGAGCUCCCAGUGGUCAAGUUUGGGAUGAUUUGAGCAACAAAAUAAAUAGUAAUAGGAAUGGAUUAAGACGCCGAAUAAAAGAAAUACCCACGAAUCCGCUCUGAUAUUAGUAAAUAAUUGAAUGAAUAAAUAAAUAAGGGGAAAGGCACAGUUCAUCCUCAUAGUGGCAUUCCCAUUAGUAAGUGUAGAAAGAAUGAUGGAGAAAGAAAAGUCACCAUUUAGUAAAUCCCACAGUAAUAACUGUGGCAGGCAAGAAUCAUUAAUAGAUGCUUAGAUUAGUGGACAAAUGUGAUGAGAAACUGGUAUUUGCAUAGUUUCAAAGUAUCUCCCCACAAGAUACUUAUUUAUUGCAAAGGGUAAAAUAGUAACUUUACAGUGGGGACACCUGCAAACACUACCAAGUAAUCAAAGUAACAUUACCAAUAAUAAGACAUUGACAUCACAUACUUCUUUAUAUGAUGCAUCUGAAGGACCCAACCUCCCUUCCAUGGUAAUUAGUCAAAAAUGUAUAACCUCAGUCUAAUCAUGAAUAAAUAUCAGACAAAUCCAAACUAAGGGACAUUUUGUAAAAUAACUUCAAAAGUGUCAGUAUCAUGAACGACAAAGAUUGGCGGAGACUUAGGAAACAUGACAACUGAAUGCACUGUGGUGUGCUUGAUUGGAUCCUGAACCAGAAAGGGAGCAUAGGUAGAACCACUUUCAAAAUUCAAAUAAGGUCUAUAGAUGAGUUAAUAGCGUUGAUUCAAUUAAUGUUAAUUUCUUGGUUUAGAAUAGAUCUUUGUGCUGUGUUAUAUAUAUGAUGUUAACAUUUUCUGGGGGGGAAAUACAGGAGCUCUGUACUGGUUUUGUCACUUUUAUAAUUUAAAAAUUUUAAAAAAAGAUCCUGAGUUUGUGUUCACUACUAACUACCAUAAGCUGGACAAGUCACAUAACUACUCUAGUGACAAUUUAUUUUCCCAUAAAAUAGGCAUAAUACUGUCUGCUUUGUCUAGCUCAGCGAUAUGAUGAAACCCAAGACUUUAAUUGUAAAACAGGACAAAAAUCAUUUCAGGCUGCCUUCCGAGCUCAGGGGCCCCUGGCUAUGCUGGAGCACUUUGAUACUGUCUACAGCAUUCUCCAUCAUUUUCGAAGUAUAGAUCCUGGCCUCAAGGAAGAUGCCUUGGAAUUCCUGAUAAAAGUGGUAUCCCGCCAUGCCCAGGAACUUCCAGCUAUCCUGGAUGAUGCAACUUUGAGUGUAUCAGAUAGAAGCGCCCACCUAAAUGCCCUCAAAAUGAACUGCUAUGCUCUGGUACGCCUCUUGGAAUCCUUUGAGACCGUGACCAGCCAGACGAGUCUCAUGGACCUGGACCUCGGUGGGAAGGGCAAGAAAACCCGGGCUAAGUCAGCCCAUGGCUUUGACUGGGAAGAGGAGAGGCAACCAAUUCUUCAGCUUUUAACACAGCUGCUCCAGUUGGACAUUCGUCACCUAUGGAACCACUCAGUAAUUGAAGAGGAAUUUGUCAGUUUAGUCACCGGUUGUUGUUACCGCCUUCUGGAGAACCCCACCAUUAGUCACCAGAAGAACCGACCCACCCGGGAAGCCAUAACACGCCUGCUUGGUGUAGCCUUGACACAUUAUAACCACAUGCUCAGUGCCACUGUGAAGAUCAUCCAGAUGCUGCAGCACUUUGAACACCUGGCACCUGUACUGGUGGCAGCUGUGAGUCUAUGGGCAACUGAUUAUGGAAUGAAGAGCAUAGUGGGAGAGAUUGUAAGAGAGAUUGGACAGAAAUGUCCCCAGGAGCUGAGUCGGGACCCUGCAGGGGCAAAGGGCUUUGCAGCCUUCUUGACAGAACUGGCAGAACGCAUCCCAGCAAUCCUUAUGUCCAGCAUGUGCAUUUUGCUAGAUCAUCUGGAUGGAGAGAAUUACAUGAUGCGCAAUGCUGUGCUCGCAGCCAUGGCAGAGAUGGUACUGCAGGUUCUGAAUGGUGAUCAGCUGGAGGAAGCAGCCCGAGACACCAGAGACCAGUUCUUGGACACCCUGCAAGCCCAUGGCCAUGAUGUCAACUCCUUUGUACGAAGCCGUGUUUUGCAACUCUUCACCCGGAUCGUCCAGCAGAAGGCCCUCCCCCUGACACGUUUCCAGGCAGUGGUGGCCUUAGCAGUGGGCCGUCUGGCAGACAAGUCGGUGCUAGUAUGUAAAAAUGCUAUCCAGCUGCUGGCCAGUUUUCUCGCCAAUAAUCCCUUUUCCUGCAAGCUUAGUGAUACUGACCUUGCUGGACCCCUGCAGAAGGAAACCCAGAAAUUACAAGAGAUGAGGGCCGAGAGGCAAACUGCAGCUGCUUUGCUGGACCCAGAGGAGGAGUGGGAAGCCAUGCUGCCAGAGUUGAAGUCUACCUUACAACAGCUGCUAAAACUUCCUGAGGAAGAAGAGAUUCCUGAGAAAAUUGCUACUAAAGAGACCGCUGAAGAGGUGAAAGGACGCAUCCGUCGGUUGCUUGCCAAAGCUAGUUACAAGCAGGCCAUCAUUCUCACUCGAGAAGCCCUAGGCCACUUCCAGGAGUCUGAACCCUUCAGUCAUAUGGACCCAGAGGAGUUAGAGGAGACCAGAUUUCUGAAUUUCUUAGGAACUAUCUUCAAAGGUCCAUCAGCUUCCACACAGGAGAAGAAUCCCCAGGCGCCUGCAGAGAACAUGGGCCCAGGACAGACUGACUAUAAAGACAAGCCCAGAGUGUCAGAGCCUGAGAAAUCCAGGGGAGAGGACGAUCUGGUGAAGCAAGAGAUGCUGGUGCAGUAUCUGCAGGACGCCUAUAGCUUCUCUCUGAAAAUUACAGAGGCCAUUGGCAUCAUCAGCAAGAUGAUGUAUGAAAACACAACCACAGUGGUACAGGAGGUGAUUGAAUUCUUUGUGAUGGCAUUCCAAUUUGGGGUACCUCAGGCCCUGUUCGGAGUACGCCGCAUGCUGCCUCUCAUCUGGUCUAAGGAGCCUGGUAUCCGGGAAGCUGUGCUUAAUGCCUACCGCCAACUUUACCUCAACCCCAAAGGGGACUCUGCCAGAGCCAAGGCCCAUGUUUUGAUUCAGAAUCUCUCUUUGCUGCUAGUGGAUGCCUCAGUUGGGACCAUUCAAUGUCUUGAGGAAAUUAUCUGUGAGUUUGUGCAGAAGGAUGAAUUGAAACCAGCAGUGAUCCAACUGCUUUGGGAGCAGGCAACUGAGAAGGUUCCCUGCUCCCCUCUGGAGCGCUGUUCCUCUGUCAUGCUUCUUGGAAUGAUGGCACGAGGAAAACCAGAAAUUGUAGGAAGCAACUUAGACACACUGGUGAGCAUAGGGCUGGAGGAAAAGUUUCCACAGGACUUCAGGCUGGCCCAACAGGUGUGCCUCGCCAUUGCCAACAUCUCUGACAGGAGAAAGCCUUCUCUGGGUAAACGUCACCCGCCCUUCCGGCUACCUCAGGAACACAAGUUAUUUGAGCGACUACAGGAGAUGGUCACAAAAGGCUUUGUCCACCCAGACCCACUCUGGAUCCCCUUCAAAGAGGUGGCCGUGACCCUCAUUUACCAGCUGGCAGAAGGCCCUGAGGUGAUCUGUGCCCAGAUAUUGCAGGGAUGUGCGAAGCAGGCCCUGGAGAAGCUAGUAGAGAAGAGCACCUCCCAGGACCAGGACGACCCGAAGGAGAUCCCCAUGCUCCCCACUUUCCUGUUGAUGAACCUGCUGUCCCUGGCUGGUGAUGUGGCUCUGCAGCAGCUGGUACAUUUGGAACAGGCAGUGAGUGGAGAGCUUGGUCGGCGCCGAGUUCUUCGGGAAGAACAGGAGAAUAAAACUAAAGAGCCAAAGGAGAAGAAUGCAAGCACUGAGACCACCAUGGAGGAGGAGAUGGGUCUGGUUGGGGCCACUGCUGAUGACACAGAGGCAGAACUAAUCCGCAGCAUCUGUGAGAUGGAACUGUUAGGUGGCGAACAGAUAUUGGCUGCCUUUGUUCCACUUCUGCUUAAAGUCUGCAACAACCCUGGCCUCUAUAGCAACCCAGAGCUCUGUGCAGCUGCAUCACUUACCCUUGGCAAGUUCUGCAUGAUCAGUGCCACUUUCUGUGACUCCCAGCUUCGUCUUCUGUUCACCAUGCUAGAAAAGUCCUCACUCCCCAUUCUCCGAUCUAACAUCAUGAUUGCUACUGGGGAUCUGGCCAUCCGCUUCCCCAACCUGGUGGACCCCUGGACACCUCAUCUGUAUGCUCGCCUCCGAGACCCAGCUCAGCAAGUGCGGAAAACAGCAGGGCUGGUGAUGACCCACCUGAUCCUGAAGGACAUGGUAAAGGUGAAAGGACAGGUUAGCGAGAUGGCUGUGCUGCUCACUGACCCUGUGCCUCAGAUCGCCGCCCUGGCCAAGAACUUCUUCAAUGAGCUUUCCCACAAGGGCAAUGCAAUCUAUAACUUGCUUCCAGAUAUCAUCAGCCGCCUGUCAGACCCUGAGGGAGGGGUGGAGGAAGAGCCUUUUCGCACCAUCAUGAAGCAGCUGCUCUCUUACAUCACCAAGGACAGACAGACCGAGAGCCUGGUGGAGAAGCUGUGUCAGCGGUUCCGCACAGCCCGAACCGAGCGGCAGUACCGGGACCUGGCCUACUGUGUGUCACAGCUGCCCCUCACAGAGCGAGGCCUCCGCAAGAUGCUGGAUAAUUUUGAAUGCUUUGGAGAUAAACUGUCAGAUGAGUCCAUCUUCAGUGCUUUUUUGUCAGUGGUGGGCAAGCUGCGGCGAGGAGCCAAGCCUGAGGGCAAGGCUAUAAUAGAUGAAUUUGAGCAGAAGCUUCGGGCCUGUCACACAAGAGGAUUAGAUGCAAUAGAGGAACAUGAGAUUGGCCAAGGGGAUAGCAAGAGAACUCCAGCAGCCAAGAAGCAGUCCUCUGCCUCUAGGCACCAGCAUCUGACUUCUGUAGCCUCUGACAAUGACUUUGUCACACCUGAGCCCCGCCGCACUGCCCGUCGGCAUCCAAUCACCCAGCAGCGAGUUAAGAAAAAUAAACCCAGAAUUGUCUUCUCAAGUGAUGAGUCCAGCGAGGAAGAGCUUUCAGCAGAGAUGACAGAAGAUGAGACACCAAAGAAAACCACCCCCAUCCGCCGAGCAUCUACUCGUAAGCACAGGUCCUAGGAGGUCGGCUCGCCUGCUCCCAUCCCUGCUAUGUAGGGUACUUGUGGGGUGACCUAGAAUUCCGUUCCCCUUGUAAAAUACUUAUUUGCCUGUCUCCUUGGAUUUUUAAUACAUAAAUCAUCUUUAUAAUGUAAGGCAUUUCUCUUAAACCAGCCUAACUGAAAACUGAGUUGAGCUGCUUUCACUAGAAUAUCUGUUUGCCAGUCUCCUUGUUUUGUAAUGAAUAAAUAUUUUUAUAUACUUUUAGACAUUUUUC